AUGGCUGACCAAACAAACAACGCCGUCAUUCUGCCGGCUAUCGGAAAGGAUUUCGAGCUCACAACGCGCCCCGUGCCUGUGCCGGGCCCUGAUGACGUCCUCAUUCGCACCAACUUCGCGGCCGUCAAUGGAGUUGACCGCAUUCGCCAGUUGUACGGCUUCCAGGUGCCGACCACUCCCAAGGUUGUCGGCAGCGACGUCACGGGCACGGUUGUGAGCGCUGGCGCCAACGCGGCCAGCACAUACAAGGUCGGCGACCGUGUCAUCGCCGCCGCCGACGGGAUCGCCACCGGUGACGAUGACCACGAGGCCUACCAGAAUUUUGUUGCGGUGCCCACGCUUACCACGGCGAAGCUGCCCGAGAACCUGACGCUUUUGCAGGGGUCAACGGUGUCCACGAUUGCGCUGACGGCGAGCCAUAUUCUCUUUGACGGCCUCAAGUUUUCCCUCCCGGGCGCCAAGGAGCAGACGAAGCCCCUUCCGGCCGCUGGGUCGAAGCCCAUCCUGGUUGUCUGGGGCGGCGCCUCGAGCGUUGGUUCGCUGACGGUCCAGCUGGCCCAUAAGCUGGGCUUCGCUGUCUUCGCAGUUGCCAGCCCGCGCCACCACGAGAAGCUGCAGAAGUUUGGCGCCGAGGUCACCGUCGAUUACAGCGACCCGGAAGCGACGGUCGAGAAGCUUCUGGCAGCCGCGGGCCAGCGCACGAUUUCGUACGCCGCCGAUACCGCCACCGAUCCCUCAAAGACCCUCCCGCAUCUCGAGAACCUCCUGCUGAAGUCAGCUGCCGCGACGUCCUCGACCGCAGUGCCCGAUCUUGCCUACGUCAACUUUGCACCCGAGCACAAGUGGAAGGAAGGCAUCACCUCCCAGUUCGUCAACAUUGGCAGCACCUGGUCCAACCGCAAGGACAUUGCGGAGUGGCUGUUUGUCUCGGGCAACCUGGCGAGCUGGCUGGCUGACGGAACCAUUGUGCCGGCGUCUGCCCGCGUUAUUCCUGGUGGCCUGGGCGGUCUGAAGGCCGCGCUGAACGAAAUCCAGAGCGGACUCAGCGAAGCCGGUCACUUAUGCGUGGCCGACAAGGCCAGUCUGGGGAGCGUUGUCGGGGUUGGUGUUGGUGCCGCCGAAACCCAGCAGAGUGUUCCACGUCUCGGCAGUAGUGACGUCGCGUUUGCCGGUGGCGACCACCUGGGCCAGGGCGGAAGCUGCGGCGUCCUUGGCGGCCUGAUUGGCACCGCAAACGUUGGUCAGCUGGUCGUGGAUGCGGUUCAUGAUGAUCUGGGGGUUCAGGGCCUCCUGCUGGCCAGCGUUGACAAGCGGGUCGAUGGCCUGGAAAGUACUUUCGCUCGUCGAGCGGCCGUUCAGGCCAGCCUCGAACUUCAUGGUUGGCACGCAGAGACCAAAGUCAAGGCCCGCCACGGUGGACGCGACGAAGCCGUCAAACGUGCCCUUCACGGGGUCGGAGACCGCACCGAAGCCAGUGGAGGGACUGGUGCCAGAGGUCUCAGCGCCGGUGGAGGACACAGCAGUCGUGGCAGCGGCGGCAGCGCCAGCAGUCACGGUAAUGAACGUAGUGGCAACGCCGCCGCAGUUUUUGGCCGACGAGGCAACAGCAGCAACAGCAGAAGCAGACGAGCUGCCGGCAGCAUUGGCAGCACUGCCGGAGACCGAGGUGCCAAGGCUAGAGGCGUCCGCCUUAGUACCAUCAGCAGAAACGGCUGUGAAGUUGGAAAAGCCUUGGGCGACCACGACCUGGGCAACACUGAGACCGGUAGCGUCAAAGGGCGUGGACUUGGACUUUGCGGCGUUGGCGUUCUCCAAGUUGGAGCCGCCAACAGCAGGGUCGAUCAGGGGAAUGACACCGCGCAGCUCAGGGCUGACGGGGAGUGUCGGGUCAGAGCAGAUGGAGGGAACGCUGACGACGAAGGGGUUAAAGUUCUGCUCAGCGGCAACAAGGCCACGGGCAGCAGCCACAGCGGCAUCGCUGGUGCCGAGCUCAGACAGGAUGAGAUCAGCCUGGGUCAGCUUGCCGCAGGGGUUGGCGGCGGCCAGAAGGAACUGGAUGGAGGAACCGGCCAGAGUGGCGGCCUGGCCGGGUUGGCCAAGAUCAGUGAGGGCGCCAAUGGCAGCAAUAGCACCGUUGCCUUCUUCCUGGCCGAAGCGGGCCUGGACAGCCGAAGCAAAGAUCAGAGCCGGCACGAAGCGAGACAUCAUUUUGAAGCUAGGUGGUGUUUAUGA